GAAGAAGAAGAAGAAGAAGGCCAAAAGAAGAAGAAGAAGAGGAAGCCUGAGACAGUAGUGUUUGGCGGCUAUGGAGGGACUCAAGCAACACUUCCCCAAGAUCCGCGUGCCUCAGGGCGGGGACAAAGUGUACAAGGAUGAGUGUAUGUUCUCCUUCGACACGCCGGAGAGUGAGACAGGGUUGUACAUCUGCCUGAACACCUUCUUGGGAUGGGGCAAGGAAUAUGUUGUACCAUAUUCCCAACGAACAGGGAACUGUGUGUUCCUGCACCUCAAGCGCAUCAAGAAAGAGCUCCCACCUGAGAAGGAGAUGGAGCCUGAGAAGAAGAUUGCCCGCCUCGCCAUAGGCGUGGAGGGCGGGUUCAACCCUGACGUCAACAAGAAGAGGUACGAGUAUGAGGAACACAACUCCGUCGUCAUCCUGCCAGGCUUUGACACCAUACCCCUGCCCAACCCAGAGCUUCCAGAGAUCGUGCAGCAGAGUGUGGCAGGCAUCCUCAAGGCAGAGUCGGCCCUGCAUCUGGCGGAGGUAGAGGCAGCAGCGGGGGCGUGGGACGGCGAGGUGCGGCAGAUCUCCAAACACUCAGCAACCCUUAUGCAGCUGGAGAACGGAGUCAAGGUGCCUCCCAAUGGAUGGAAGUGUGAGCAGUGUGAUAAGACAGAUAAUUUGUGGUUGAACCUCACCGAUGGAAAGAUUCUCUGUGGCCGAAGACAGCUGGAUGGCUCCGGAGGGAACAACCACGCUGUGGAGCACUACGAGCAAACAAAGUACCCGCUCUCAGUCAAGCUGGGUACCAUCACGCAGGAUGGGAAUGCUGACGUGUACAGCUAUGAUGAGGACGACAUGGUGCUUGACCCCAAUCUGGUGAAACAUUUGGCGCACUUUGGCAUCAAUGUUAAGGUUAUGGAGAAGACAGAGAAGACUAUGCUGGAGCUGGAAAUUGACUACAACCAGCGGGCGUGGGAGUGGUCACGCCUCACUGAGUCUGGCACGAAAUUAGUGCCGAAGUUUGGGCCAGGAUUCACAGGCUUGAGGAAUCUUGGCAAUUCAUGUUACAUCAACUCUGUGAUGCAAGUUCUCUUCACCGUGCCAAGCUUCGUGGAGAGGUUCUUUGAGUGUGCGACAGCUGUCUUUGAGAGCUACCAGGGCUCCAAUCCUUCAGAGGACUUCAACGUACAGAUGUGUAAACUUUCAAAUGGUCUUCUGUCAGGGAGGUACUCGGAGGCUCCCAGCACAGUGGACGAGAGCAAAGAUGUUGAUGACCUGCAGCCUGGCAUCUCACCCCUCAUGUUCCGGACCUUGGUGGGCCGGGGCCAUGCAGAGUUCUCCACCAAGAAGCAGCAGGACGCCAUGGAGUUUCUGGAGCACGUGUUGAAGAUGACUUCUUGUAACUCUGGCGGCACAACUGACCCAGGCAACUGUUUUAAGUUUGAGGUGGAGGAUAAGUUUGUAUGCAGUGCCAGUGGAAAAGUGCGCUUCGUGACCCGGCCGGACCAGUACCUCCCUUUCCCCGUCCCCAUGGAGGAGGCCAUCAACAAGGAGGAGGUGGCGGCGUACCAGGCCAGGAAAGCCGAGGCGCAGGCAGCACAGAAGGCAUUACCUGAAGACCAAGUUAGAGCAAAAAUCCCCUUUGAUGUGUGCCUGUCCAAGUUGGCAGCGCCGGAGCAGAUCAUGGCCUACAGCACAGCAGCAGGGAAGGAAGUAUCUAUGCACAAGAUUACGCGUCUUCGAACCUUCCCUGAGUACCUGAUUAUACAGUUGGUGAAGUUCGGCAUUGGUCAAGACUGGGUGCCCAUGAAGUAUGACAUUUCAAUCGACAUGCCGGAGACCCUUGACCUCUCUGUGCUGAAAGGCUUUGGGCUGGAGGCGUCGGAGGAGCUACUACCUGAGACUCCUGCCCCAGUCAAGGAGCCGGAGAUCAACAUAGCAAUAGUUCAGCAGCUGGCGGAGAUGGGCUUCCCCUGGGAGGCGUGUCGGAAGGCUGUCCACUUCACCGGCAACACUGGCUCCGAGGCGGCCAUGAACUGGGUCAUGGAGCACAUGGGAGACGCUGACUUUGCCGAGCCGCUCGUCGUGCAGAACAAGACAAGUAGUGGGAGUGACAGCUUCAAGCCUGAUGAGGAGGGGCUGGCAAUGCUCAUGUCCAUGGGCUUCAACAGGGAGCAGGCUUCUCUGGCUCUCAAGGAAACCAGUAAUAACCUUGAACGUGCAGCUGACUGGAUAUUUUCCCACCAGCAUGAACUAGACUCUCUAUUAGCAGCGCAGAGCGGAGCACCGGCCGUCCCGCCACAAAAACCGUCAUACACCGAUGGUCCUCCAAAAUAUGAACUGAGUGCUUUCAUCAGCCACAUGGGCACGUCAAUAUUUGUGGGGCAUUACGUGUGUCACAUUAAGAAGGACGGUGAGUGGAUCAUUUACAAUGACAACAAAGUGUCCAAGUCAGUGGACCCCCCUCUGGACCUUGGCUACAUAUACCUUUAUAAGAGAACUGCUAACUAGUACUGUUAUAUAACACAGCUUUAAAGAGUAGGUUAUUAUAAAUCUUUCUACCAUUUCAUUUCCUAUUAAUUUUGUAUACAAAUUAUUCUGUCAUAUUCACAAGUAAAUUGGAUUUUUUUUAUAAUUGGACAGUUUGAGGAUUGAAAAUCCUGACUUAGCCUGUGAUCACAUAAUGACAGCCAAUGGUAAUUCUUGACAUAAUAACUGACAUAGCAAUAUUAGUAGAAUCAACAGGCGUAGCUAUUCUUUCUUUUGUGUAUUGUUGAAAUCCUUGAACAAAUUCAAGUUAUUAAUUUUUGUAGGUUUGCUGGCGAGUAGAUGCAGUCUUUUUUUCUACAUUCUCGUGCUUCUUUGAAUAUAUGAAACAGUUCCAAGCAACCAUUUGGCUAUCAACACACGGCUUCCUAGCGCUGACAGGGAGCCAGUGUGCUGGCCUUGGCCCGGGGCGUGAGUGCUUGAUCUCUAGACUGGUCACAGCUUGUACAAUGAUGCUGUUAAGGGACAGUUUUAUCACACUUUAUAUUAGUAGACGAAAGUUUUGGAUAUUAAAGAGAGGAACAUAUAUAUAUUUUAGAUUGAUAAGUGAGUGAAUUGUUGAGAAAAUGAUGUAUUUCAGUUGAAAAUUUAUUGUAGAGCCAGUUCAGCAUCAACUUGCAUUGACUUAAUUAAAUUUAUGGAACAGUUCAGCUUCACAAAGUUUUAUGAAGCAGUGUUUUUGUUACUUUCUAACUGCUUAGCUAUCUCUCUAAUGCUCAUUUCCUUUGAAUAGAACUUCCCCCAGGGUGGUGGGUGUGGCAGAAGCAUCUCCAACGUUCCCUAUUCUGCCACUCCCUCUCAGCAUAUUCAAUAUCUUGCCUGCCAACCCUCUCCCUCCAGGACUCCUCCAUUCUAUAGAUCCAUUUCACUCUUAGUCUUUUCCUGACUUCCUCUCCCUCAAUCCUGCCACCAUACACUUUACAAAAUCAUCCUCAUUUAUUCUGAUCACAUUUCUAAACCAUCUCAGAGCAUCAAGUGUCAGCCAAUCCACAAUCUUUGGUCUUUGCUCUUACACCCAUACCAAAACUCACACACAUCUUUAUUACUCUCUCCAUCCCAUUUUGACACAACACUAUUCAUGAUUGCUGUGCUACAUUCCACAUCAAUGUCUAUGCUGCAUGUGACAGUUGGGAGGAUAAUACUGUUUCUUUACACUUAUACCCAUUCUCACACUUUUUUUAUGUAACUCUUCAAUGCACCUAUUAACUGUUGGUCCUUCACUGGUCCCUCAUCUCGUACUGCCAGCUCCCAUGUUUACAUAAGACUAUCCCUAAGUACUUAAACUCGGUUACUUCUUUCAUCUUCUCUUCCAGCAACCAGAUUUUACAUGAUUGGGUUGUUGUCCCUGCCCUAACUAUGGCUUGCACAAUCAAUAGUCUAUUCUCUUGUCAUCUCACACGCCGUUACUUUACCCUUGCCAACAUUUGCUUUUAAGUUGAUUCUCUCACACUGUCAAAUUCAUCCACAAUCCUCUGCAACAGCCUCACUUUCUGCCAGCAACACUAAUGUUUUGGAAAUUGGCUUGCCACCAUUGACUCCUCCUGGCCUCUGUAAUUUCAGUUUUGCACCAAAAACUGGCUUUCAUUUCUUUCCUACAACCAUUUAUAUGAAUAUCUGAGCCAUAUCUCCUCCCUUUAUCUUUAAAAUUUAUGUGUAUCUUGUCAGUCCUUCUUUUCUCAUCAUCUUCAGGCAUUACAAGUUCACUUCAGGACAAAGACUUUUCUAACAUUCUCCACCUCUAUAUGAUGUUAAUGUAGUCCAUCCUGCUCUGGCAAAGCUCUAAUUUCAUCUCUCCACCCAGUCUUUUGUCUACCGUGGCUUCUACAAAAUCUUGGUUGCCACUCUAACUCUCGUUGCCCAACUGUUAUCAGUUCUAAGCAUGAUAUGACCUACCUGAGUUAAUUUUGUAUUCUUAAUAUUCAGUUAAACAUCUUUAACCUUUGUCUGUUCUCAAAUCCAUAAUACUUGCCUCCUGUCUCCAGGUUAUACCCAACAUUUUUCAUUCUAUUCCUCUUUGUAUGUUUUAAGGUUCUCUAAAUGCUUUGUGAGGUUUCAAAUUUCUGAACUGUAUGUUAGGACUGGCAGGAUACCUUGGCUGAACAGCUCUCUCUUCAUUGGGAGUAUCGGAAAUAUAAUCACAGUGUUGAAAGUCAACAUGUCCUCUGGUGAAUAAGGGUGAUUUGGGUCUUUGUGUUGGCUGUCUUCAUUAUUUGUGGCUGAAUUUCCAUAACUGAUGAAACAAGGUUGUAAAUCUUAGGUAGAGAGUAGGUUGUUACUAUGCCACUGUUCAGUGAGUCUCUCGGAAGCAAUCUUCAUCAUAUGGCAACACCUUCACCCUGAGGGCCUUUGCUUCACUUUAUCCAUAAGGCUGUUUUUACAUGCUUCUCUGUGUUUUUGUCUGCAGAAAUAGAGAAUGCAAUCAUGGACAGUUUUUCCAUCAUAAUAUGUCUGAGUGAUAAUUACAGCUGUCCACUUCAUGUUGCAUCAUGGUAAAGGAGUAAGAGGUGAGGAUGGAGCUGUUGCUGGGGGUCACCAUUGUUUGGGAGAGGCUGGCUAACACUUACCACUUUGUCUUUAACCCGGUAGCUGCGGGGAUCAUGUUUCUUAAAGGCUGCUCUCAGCGAAUUAAUGAGAAAAAAUAAUCACUCUUGCAAAUAAUUAUAUAAUAGAUAUCAGCGCAUUCAUCAUCAAUUUGUGCAUCCUCUAUUUUUGGGGGUUUAUGACAAGCCAAAGAUUUGGCCUGUCACUGGUACACGGUAAAAGCAAAAAUUUGGCCCGUUGCUGCUAUCGGGUUAAAUCUCCAAGAUGUCCAUCAUGUUGCAUUGGUUGAUGUGGCCUUUAGUCAAGUGAGGGUAGCUUAGCCUCCUUUUAGGAUGGCAAGUCCUGAGCUAUUUACCAGAAUGCUUACAUCUGUACAAAGGCUGGGGACUGAUUGUGUCUGCCACUAACCUGUCAAACACCUGCCAUACCAAACAACAACCUCCUGGGGAUGACUGGUUGUGCAGUUUUUCAUUUGAACUGGUUAUUUGUACUUGCCUGAUAUUUAAUAUAAACUGAUGUCUACACAGGACAGGGAGUAUUCAUAGUAAUCACUAAAUAUCUUGCAAACAUCAAUAGGCCUCAGCUACAAUUAUGUAUAAGCAUGUAUUUUCAUCUCUUCAGUUAUACUCAUUCCAAUUUGCUGAAAUCAAAAUAUAGUGGAUUUAUAACAGCCUCAUUAUGUGAUGGCUUCUUUAACUUGUCUCAACCAGUAUGGUGAGAGUUUAUAGUAUGAUUCAAGUGAAAACAGUUUUGGAACAUAGCUUUUUACAUUGGUGUCCUUUGACAUGUAAUUGCUAAGUUACAAAUUUAAGCUGAAGAGAAGUGGCCUUGCUUUCUGGAGGAUAAGAUAGGGAUGGUACAAGGGUUAGAAUGAGCUUAUCAGGAAUUGUGAAUCUCACAAUUGUGCAAAGUGCUGACCAUCAUUGUGCUGCCACAGCAUUGAUCUGCUCAACUCUAAUCAUUGACCAUCUUCCUCAGGACGUUUCACAGAAAAUUUAGUGAAAUAAUAAUGUAUAAAUGAGUUACCACCAUUCAGACACUAUAAUCUGACUGUCAUAAGCUAUGCAUAACACAUCCGUCAAAAAUAGUAAAACUUGCUUUGCGGCAUUAACAUAACAUAAAAGUUUGUUUACAGCUAUCAUGCCUUGCCAAACAGCAGCAGUCCUCAGAAGGGCAUGGUUGCAAUAUAAUUUAUUCUUACAUCAUGGUCCUCAGAAGGCAAAAAAUGCAUAUAUUUUGCAAUCAGCCUUGUUUUGCAGGUUUUUGUGUUAAUCAUCAGUCUCAGUGAUGAUGAUUGAGACAAACAUGUAUAUGCACUUUUUGUGCAGCAAUAGUGCAUCUCUGACACUGAUGUUGUGGAAGUCAAAUAAGUGUGAAAGUGGCCUAUCUUCCAUCCUUAAGUUGCUGUUUAGUGAAGAGGAUUUUUAUAGCAUGUACACAUGAUAAAGUUUAUGCACCAUUUAUCAUGACUGAUGAGUUGAGGAGAUUGAAAAGGGUCAGUUCUCAAUCUAUAUUUACUGUGAAAUUCUAAAAGAAAUGUGGAUGCACCUCAAACUGUCUAGCUCUGAGUGCUUCUGAGUCCAUCCAGGCAUAUUGACAGGUCCAUUGUCUUAAGCUGACAGUUCAUAGAUGCUGUGGGGGAGGAGCAGGAUAACAACCAUAAACCGUUUACCUCAAGUUUGUUUAACUUGGGGGGGCCAAAAAUUUUGAGGGGAGUGUCCCUUCAUUUGCUCGCCUGUGGUCCAUCAUGUGGGGGAUGGCAGCUGCCGACUUCAGGAUUACCAGAAUGUGGAUACUUGUGUGUAACUGAUGCUCAUCAUGUAACUAGUUCUUGCAGGAUUCCUGGCCAUUUAUAUUUUUUUUUAAAUUUUAAGUAAAAAGGGUAAAAAACGUAAUUGUGAUCCAAAGGCUACACUGACAGUGUCCACUAGGUGACUCCCAACUCAAGUUUAAGUGAGUACAUCUGUUAGUACUAUUUGUGAAUGCAAUCAUUGAGAACUCAAGUGUUCAAGCACACACGGGAAGAUAAUCAUUGUAAUUAUAAAGCUGGAAGUCUUGAGUACUAGUCUGAAAUGUGGGACAGAUUGCAAACAGCAAUAAAUUCCUUUUCAAUAGUAAAUUAUAGGAACACUAAAAUCACAUUUUAACUUUGUAGCAGGGUGUUAUGCCUCAUUAUAUCCUCAGUAGGCCAAGAUAUUGAGAUAAAGAGUAGUAACAUAUUCAGACCAGGUUUAAAUAUGGCAUGAAAACAGCUGAUCUUGCCUGUCAGAUUAAAAAUAUAACUUACCGUCAACAGGCCUUCUUGGAAAGUCACCAAGCAGUAUUGCUUCACUAUUCUGGCAGGAUUUGUGAAAUACCACAAGUGAUUUUGUCUCCAAAUAAGCCCUGUAGUACUUGCAGUUAGUCACUCAGUCCAUGAAUCUUUUAACUGAUGCCAAAAUGUGUCUCAGCUCGUCACAUCACAGGCGUAGUCACAAAGGUGAAGGGUGAUCAGGCUUAGUAAUAUUCCAAGGUCCGGUACUACUCUCAGGGAUAACUAAAGAGAUGGCAGCCCUCCCGUUACUCAGUGUUUUUGUGUCUGCCUAAAUGAAUGGCAAAGUUUUGAAGCCAAUUACAAACAUGUCUCUAACGAAUUGGUCCCAGCUCCUGUUGCCAUUUCAUAAUAAUCAAGUCAUGUGGUACACUGAGAAUGUUGUCUGGUAUGUGUUGCAGUGCUGGAAAGUGAGCACAGGCCUAUCGCUGGAAUAAGAUUAGAGGAUACUGUCAAAUGGGAACACUAAGUUAACUUCAAGUACACAUUGUUUGCCAGUAUUCUGUAGCACUCUUUAUUGUUUAACUGAACCACAAGUUAUAUGCAAGAUAGGCUUCCUUGUGUUAUUACUAUUUAUAAUAAUGACUGUUUAACUUAUUUUCUUAUUUUAUUAGUAUUGCUGUCUGCAUUUUUUUUUUUUACAUUAUGAGCUAGUCAGUUCAGGACUAGCAGUGUGAACUCAUUUGAUAAUAAAAAAAAAAGAUAAAUGACA